CCGGCACCCCGCCCCCUUUGCGCGUUCCCGGAAAUGUCUGCGUCUCAGUCUUGAAGAGCCGCCAGCGCGCGCCCGUGCCCAUCUUCGCCCAGUCAUCGUGAGAGACGCGUGGACGCGGCGCCGCUCGGCUUGAACUGCAGUGAUACCGGUGGAAACAUAGAAGCUGCAAGUCAUGGAUGUUGAACAAAGUGGCGAGGUUUUGGAGGUGCCUCAGACUCAAGAGCAGGAAGAGGUUGCGGUGGAAAAAGAGGUGAUUGUGACAAAGAUGGAUGUGACGCAGGAGUCCACAGAGCCUGAGAAUCCACCAGCUGCUGCUGAGGAGCCUGAACCGCCCACAGUCAAUGGUCACAGCAAACUGAGUGAGGUGGAGGAGCUGACAAGGACAACUGAUGAGGGACCAGAGAUUGAAGACAGCCAGUCCAAAGAUGUGCCCGAGCCUGAGUCGAAACCUGAUAUUGUGCCUGAGCCAGAGCCUGAGAACGUGGCUGAAAUUGUCCCCGUGGUUACUCAAGUUGUAGAUAUUAGCCCUGCCAAAGAAACAGAGCAGCCAGUGACAGAGGAAACCCCAGAACCAGUCAUUGUCCAGUCACCACUGCAGGAGAGUGCUCCUCUAACAGAACCACUGAAAGCAGAAGUCGAGAUGGUUCCUGAACCUGUCCCAGAAAAGGCACCUUCCCCAAGCAAAGAGGAGAAGGUGGUGGAGCCGGUUGAACCAACUGUCUCCACAGCUGUGGAGGAAGUGGUCGCUGAGAAUGUUGUGGAGGACAAAACUGAAGCUGAGCCUGUGAAAAUGGAAGAAGUAACCGAGCCUGUGAAGGUGGAGGAGAAGGUAGUUGAAACUGUAACCAUGGAGGAGAAGGUGGUUGAAACUGUGACCGUGGAGGAGAAGUUGGUCGAGACUGUGACAGAAAAGAAGGAUUCAGUCGAGACUGUAAAGGUAGUUGAGAGUGUGACCCAGGCAGUGGCUGUAGAGAAGGUAGCUGAGUCGCCUGUGGCAGAGAUUCCCUCAGAAAAGAAGACAGAAGCUGUGGAAGGAGCACCAGAGGAACCUGUUGAGGACAAGAAUGAGGCUGAAGCAGCACCGGUGGAGCAGAAAGAAGAACCCACAGAGCCUGCUUCUGGCUCCCUCUCCUUUGCCUUCCUUGAACGAGUUCCAGCCAAAGAGGCUCUGCAAAGCGCUCGCACCCUUGUAGUCCUCAGGGGUCUCCCCGGCAGUGGGAAGAGCUUUCUAGCCAGGGCUAUAUCUGAGGCGUACAAGGAGAACUGCUCAGUCAUCUCCGCUGAUGACCACGGUGUCAAACCUGAGAAGCCAUCUGCUGAAUCCUACAAGGCUCUGGACCAGGCUGUUGUCUCCUGCUGCAGCACCACCACCUUUUCUAUGAUCGUGGUAGACGACACUAACCACACCCAGGAUCGGCUUGCCACCCUGGAGGAGAUCGGAGAGGAGCACCAUCUGGUGGUUCUCCAUUUGGAACCACGCACCAACUGGUGCAGAGAUCUAGCGGAGCUUCACGAGAAAAGCCGACGUGGGCUUGAUGCAGCAAUAAUGCAGACGAUGGACUGCGAGUUUGAGAAGGUCUCUCUUCCUCUAUUCUUCGGCUGGUUCUUCCACUAUGCUGUCGAGGAUAAAGUCAAAAGCUCGGUGAUGGACUUCCUGAAAACAUUGGACACCUUGGAGGCCUUUAACAAACACAUGGCUGAAUUUGGUGGAAAGCCUGAGAAGGAGGUGGAUCUGGAGCAGUAUUUUAAAGCCAAAGGACGCCUUCACUGCACCACCAAAUUCUGCGACUAUGGGAAGGUCGAAGGAUCCAAAGAGUAUGGAUGCAGUCAGAAUGUCCAAGAGUCCCUUGGUAGGAUGUCUGUCCUGUCGCUGAGUGCCCUCUUCGUCACACCUCGCACCUUUGGUGCCAGAGUCUCCCUCACCGAGGAGCAGCUCCUCAUCUGGCCGACAGAUGCUGAGAAAGAGGCGGACCCAACGGUCCCCGGCGCCUCCUCCCUGCCUUUGGGGAGUCGUGCCCACGUCACGCUCGGCUGCGCAGAUGGAGUCGAGCCGGUCCAGACGGGCUUUGAUCUGUUGCAGAUCCUGACCCUGCAGCAGAGUGGCCAGGAGGGGGAGCUGGUGGAGGAGAUGGAGCUAGGCUCUUUGAGGUAUUUCGGUGAGGGGAGGUGGAUGCUGACGCUCAAGGAGCCCAUCUGUGCUCCGGCGUGCUUCUCCAGCUAUUACGGUCGCGGUCAGCCGGCGCCCAUGAAAAAAGAAGGCGAGAAGAAAAAGAAGUCAAAGUGCAGCAUUUUGUAAACCUCGCCAUGAGGAUGCGAGGAGGCAGGUGGUGCUUGUAGUCUCUCUCCAAGGACCGUGUUUGUGCUGAUGUCAUGGUUUGUAUUAGGAACCUCCCCGAACCUUUAAGCUGUGUGCCUUUCUUCUUUUUUUGCACCACAACCCAGAAUGCCUUUGAUGCAGUCAGGCUGUUGCCUUGUUCAGUGGCUAGUUACACACAUCCGUCGUAGUCGAGGGGGCGGGGAAUUUUCUGAGGUGCUGUUAGCUGCAGCUUUAGAUAUGGACUCAUCAUUCCACACAGCUUUGUAGUUCAGUAAUCCAGUUUUCAUGUAUACAGUGUUCUUAGUAGUCCGACAUUAAUCGUGGCUUAUAUUCCGCUCAUAUGCAUUUUAGCAUGAUUCCGAUCCUUGUAGCCUCUGACUGACACUUCUGUCUGCUUCAACAUAGAUUAGUGCGCUUGCUGCUUAGACGGUACUUUUUGAAAGUAGCUCACUGGCCAAAGUCACCUGUGCAAGUGCAAAAGAGAGUCAUGAAUUGCUGCCUUUGUCGAGGAAACCGUUGCACUUGACAUUAAUAAAGGGGAUGUUGACAAUGAAUUGGGCAUCAAGUGUCUGCGCUUUGCACUAAGCACUCAUCGAAUGCUGUGAAUUGAAGUCACAUUUGCAAUCCUUUCUCUGCGCCAGACUCUUUGUAGCACUUCCUGUAUUCUCACGUUUCAAUGUGUCCUGUGUGGCAGAUGUUCAAGGGCAAUUCUUACUUUGUGUAGCUCUUAUGAAUCACUAUUUUUGCACUUGUUUUGUACACUAAAUAAAAAAAAACAUGGUUUGCUGCAAUUAUUAAA